CAUCGCGACGCAUCGUGUAUUUGUCUUAGUCUCAAACUUUACUUGCGAGCAGAUAAUUCGUGCCUCAGUUCGUCAUUUCGAGUGAUAGAAUCGAAUAGCUCUAAUCUUCGUUGAUAGUUAACUUUGCAACAAACAAAUCAGCAACAAAAUGCCGCCCCGUAACAAGGAACAAGAACAAGAAGUUCUCGAGUGGAUCGAAAGUGUUUUGGGAGAAAAAUUACCACCUGGAAAUUAUGAAGAUAUUUUGAAAGAUGGGGUUGUCCUCUGCAAUCUUAUUAACAAAAUUGUCCCAGGUUCAGUUAAAAAAAUCCAGACCAAGGGUACUAACUUCCAACUUAUGGAAAAUGUUCAAAGAUUUCAAGCUGCUAUAAAGAAAUACGGCGUACCAGAAGAAGAAAUUUUCCAGACUGCCGAUCUUUUCGAAAGAAGAAAUAUUCCUCAAGUCACAUUAUGUUUGUACUCUUUGGGAAGGAUUACACAAAAACAUCCAGAGUACACCGGACCUAGACUAGGACCCAAAAUGGCUGAUGAAAAUAAAAGAACUUUCACCGAAGACCAACUUCGAGCAAGCGAAGGUCAGCUCAAUCUUCAAAUGGGAUUUAAUAAGGGUGCCAGUCAAUCGGGGCACGGUGGUUUUGGAAAUACAAGGCACAUGUAAAACAUACCUCAUAAGCCAUUGUUUAUAUUUAAACAAUUUUCAAAAUUAUAUUUUUAAACUCAUCUGUUCACUAAAAAAUUCUAAGUUAAUUGUAAUGUAAUUUACUUUUGAAUGUAUAGAAUAUAUAAUUUUAUUUUUCUGAUAAUUUGUUCUCAUGAAUCUACUUUUACAUAUCUAUUCAUUGUAAACUAACUUGAUAGACUUGAAACUAUUGCAACAUCGCACUUAGAAACGCAAAUGUCUAUUGCAUAUUUUUAGAAAUGAAUUUUUUUCAAAAAAGAUUUUAGUUUAUGUAAAAAAAAUUUUAUUUAAAAAUUUGAAUAAAAUUCAUGUCAUGGAAAAUGACCAUGAAACAAGGAAGUGAUUUGAGGAAAUAGUUAUUAACCAGCCUUAUGGUCAAUGUGUCUAACGUCAAGAUUAAAUUGUGAAAUGACUCUCUUAUUGUGCUGAGAAAUUUGGGUUAUUGCCAAAAAGUGAAUAUAGGAUUGUCGUAUGCACUGUUUAGAUGUUUAAUGGGCCAUAGGUAACUUGGAUAAGUGUAAAAUGAAUAUACUAAUGAAAUUAACAUUGUUGAUAUGACGUCAGCAAUAAAUUUUAUUACUCAAAUAAACUCGAUAAUUAAAA